AUGUUUAUUGCUUGUACACAUGAUGGUUAUGUAUUACGUGAUGGUAUUCCACAUAUCAAUGAUGUAUGGCCUGGUAUUCAUAUUCGAUAUAUUCCUCAUGGACAUGAUUUAGCUAAAACAGAUAUUAUUGAUAUCGUAGUACUUGAUACAUUUCGUCAAAGUCGAAUACGACAUAUGAUAUUUGUUGGUCGACGUAGACUAAUUCAAAUAUUGUCAUUUACUAUAAAAGAAUUUCGUGAACUUACUAAAUUAAUUGGUUUACAAUCAAUGUUAAACAAAGAAGAUUUUAAUUGA